AUGAAAUUAGCAAGAUUAUUUUACUUUUCAACAGUUAAAUUUCCAUACAAUUUUAAAGGAGUAAAACCUCUUCAUGAUGCCUCAAUAGAAGCUUAUUUAAAUACCAUUUUUGGUUCUAAUUUGAGUGAAGGCUUUUUAUUAGCUUACUAAAAUUUGUUGGAAAGUUUAACAUCUUCAGAUUAUGAAGAAUUUAUUCAUGAAAAUUGUGAUAAAAAUAUUAGUAAGGCUUUGAUUGAAGGGAUGAAACAAAUGGAGAAGAAUGGACAAAAAUUGAAAUUAGUUUACAAUGAUAAAUGCUAGACCAAUGUGAUGUAUGGAAAUUCAACAUUGCAUUUUUCUUGUGAUCAUAAUUAAGAUCUCCUGGAUCAAAAGCCUGAUUUUGUUUAGGGACAAGGUUCUAAAAAGGCAAAGAUGUAUAAAUCAGGAAUAGAUUUUAAGACAAUGACUGUCCAAAGAGGAAUCAUUGAGAUUGCAAUUUAUAUCAGAUCUCCUUUGUUUUUGUCUAUAAGCGGUUAAGAAGUAAAGUGAUUUGUAAUAACGUAGAAAUAUGAGGAAGCAUAUCAUAGAAUCGAUUUCAGAACGCAUUCAACAAGCAAGUUUUCAUUUAUUGAUGCAAAGAUAUUAACUGAAUAGAUCAUGCAAUUAUAAAAAGAGAAAAGUGUACAGUCGGAAGCCCAGAUCAUUAUCGAUAGUCUUGGUAAAGAUUUCACAUGGAAAAUUUUGAAUAUAGAUGAGUACUUUAAAUGAC